GAAAAACGUAAACAAACCCGUCUGUUGUGAGGACUCAUCCCAUUCUUCUUAAUUUCAAGAUGUGAAACAUUAAGGGAAAUUUAUGUCUUUUGUUUGUUUCAUCUUUAGUUUGACUGCACCGGAUUUGUUUUGUUUCAUAUUACGUGAAUCUUUUCAAGAUGAAAAAGGCUUCAGUUCCUGGUAGCAAAGAUGCUCCUCCCCCUCUUGUGUUGGCUAAAGAUGUCGUUUCACCGCAUAACUUUUCUGACAUUACUCCAUUCAUACUAAAUACAACUCAUACAAAAAAACCAACAACUGGUCCAAAUAAGUCUUCCAAUUUGUGCUGCCUUCUACAGACUGCAGAUGGGAAAAAGAUUUUGCUAACAAGUAUUGUUAGGACAGAAGAUGCAAAUCCUGGGCUUGCUUAUUUCACACCACUGUCAAAUACUGACCCUGUAGAACCAACUUCUUCAAAUGCCAAAGUAACAUCUGUUCAGAAUCUCAAGUUACAGAUUGGUAACAAAGUAGUAGUUUGCAAUACAUCCACCAGUGGGACACUUCCACCACAACAGAAAGCUGCCACAAGUUCCGAGGAUGAAGGCAACAAUGGUAAUAAUGGAGUUAAGCCUGGAAAUUUAAUAAGACCAGCACCAUUGCUUCUUAAUCCAGUUGUUUCCACGUCUACUGGAGGAAUAUACAUUAAUAAUGGUUAUUCAAGAUUCAAAGUGGUUGGAAAACCCAUUCCAGUCAAAUUGGACACACCGGUUCCCUCAGAAAAUAGCAAGACUCCUACCAAGGUAUCCCCCAAGGGAGUCCAAGACCCAAGUAAAAAGGUGGUCAGUGCACAACAGCAUGCCCUUAUUAAGAAAGGUUUGCCAAAAGGAAAACAGAAAGAAGACUCUAGCAUGAGUGAAUCAGAAGUCUCAACAGCUCAGGAAGGAAACACAGUGAAGCCAGGAGUACUAGCAAAACCUCCAGCUUACUUAAAUAUCCAGGUGAAAGAAGAACCCAAAGAAGAAAUGGAGACAAAGGUGAAAGUAGAGGUAGAUGGACCCGUGCCUCUGUUGGAGGGUAAAGUUAAAGAGGAACCUUCUGAAGAUCAGGAUGCAUUGUUGGCAAAUGAUGAAGAGCUCCGUGAUGCACUGAAUGUUGCAACCCAAGACAUGGAAGUUAGCCCGGAACCGCAUUUUUUUAUACGUACACCAGCAGGAAAGCUCGUUUAUAUCUCUCCCGAGGAAGCUGAAGUUAUAGGACUCAAUCAUAAUGAUAAAACAAAAGAUAAUCAAAAAAGACUAUGUAAUGCCUUCCACACACUUCAUAAACAAGAAAAGUCUUCAGAACCGUAUAAAGUUAAGUUGAUACCCAGAAAUGCGGACAUCAAAGAAUAUAUCAGCUGCAAUGUCCCUGUAAAAGUGAAGGAAGCGGCAGCAGCAUUGAAACUUCGCCCCAAGUCAAUAGCAAUAGGUAAGGAGGGACUAAUGUCCGAGAACGUACUGGGACCAACUAAUGUGAAUGUUGCAGGCUACAUGAGUUACAGUGCAAGUCCUGAAAAAGUGUCAGAACUAAUUAAACAUAGGGAGAAGGCUAUCAAUCCAGUCAUAAUUAAUGAGUUUUUUCAAGGAGAUCAGCGUUACAUGCGAAUUAAAAUUGAGUCUGAGACAUUUGGCAAAGAUGUUUGUGAUAUUCCUAUAUACCCCUUAAACACUUACAAGUGUCCUUAUUGUAGUAAGUUUUAUAGAACCAAGGACCACAUAAUAUCGCACAUUAGAAUACAUACUGGGGAACGUCCGUAUCCUUGUGAUGUUUGUGGGAAGCGAUAUCGGCAGCGAAUCGAUAUAAUUCGGCACAUGCGCAUUCAUACAGGAGAGAAGCCUUUCACGUGUGGGAUGUGCAAUGCUUCGUUUAACCAAAAGACUAAUUUAAGAUCUCACAUGCGUAUUCAUACCGGUGAACGUCCUGUUCAGUGCAAAGUCUGUGGGAAAGCGUUUUCUCGUAACACGCAUCUAAAGCAACACUUGAAAGUGCAUACAGGAGAGAAGCCCUAUAAGUGCAAAGAUUGUGGUCGUAUGUUUCGUUUUAAGUCAGGUCUACAAGCUCAUGAGCGCAUUCACUCAGGAGUAAAGCCUUAUGCAUGUGGGGUUUGUGGGCGUGGGUUUACACAGAUAGUUGGUUUGAUUAGACACGAGCGAACACACACGGGAGAAAAACCUUUCCGGUGUAUAAACUGCGGGAAAUCAUUUAAUGAUCUGGAAUCUCUUCAGUUACAUAGCAAAAAGCACACGGACGACCGACCGCACACUUGUGAACUAUGCAAGAAGACUUUCAUUGAACCCGCAUCACUGAGAUCCCACAUCAAAAAGUAUCACACUAGCACGUUGCUCUGUGGGAUUUGCCACAGGGAGGAUUUCAAGUCUCGCAUUGACCUGCGAGAACAUCUCCGGGAACAUGAAAGAGAAAAUUGGAAGGAAACUGAAGACGGCGAUCUUAUACCGUCAUUAGUACCCAAAGGUGACGAUUAUGUUAGUCUGAAUGAUGUUGAUGACGAAGGUGACGCUAUAUUGGGAAUUGACAGCAGCAUUGUUGAACCAGAACAAGAAGAGAAAGAGAGAAAUGAGUUUGGGGUUGUUUACCCUGAAGAGAUCCAAGUGGAAGUUGAAUUAGAUCCUGAUAACCCUUUGGAUUGUGAUGACGAAGGUGACAGUGAUUACGAGGAACACGAUCUUCUUGUAGAUAGUGCCGAUCCUUUGGCUUGUUAAAGUGCAAUAAUUAGUAAGCCUAAUUUUAUGAAGUAAUGUUAAUUGAGAUUACUUUCAGAUGUUCAAAAAUCUAAUGAAUGGUAAUUUUUAUUCAAGUUGAAAAGCUUUAAGCUCCAAUUUUUAUUCAGUAGUUUUUUCUCAAGGAGAUACUAUUGCAAUCUCUGCCAGCUUUUGUUUCCAGUAAUUUUCUUGUGCAUGAAAUUGUUCUGUUCACAUUGAAAAACAUUGAAUGUUCUAUACAAUAUUCCUGUCUUCAGUUUUAUCAAUUUGGUUCCCAGUAUUUCGUAUUAGUAUAUGUAUUGUAUUUAUUUGCAGUAUUUUUAUUGAUUGUACUAAAGUUUAUGUAUACUACUAUACAAAUUUAUACCUAGGCAUGACCAUUAAUUUUUGUCUCAUAUGACUAUGUUCUUUUGUUUUAGGCAAUCUUUGAUUGUAUCGCUUUUCAAAAGUGCUUUAUCAGGUACCUGUAUAUACUCUUUUUUUUGUAGCUAUCAUUGUAAAUUAAUUAUUUUAUUGAGUUUCAAAACUUUUUUCUUCUUCUUUUUCUUGGAGUAUGUUUAAAGAACCAAGUUUUAGUUACCCUAGCAUGAUUUUAUCAUCAUUUCCACUUAACCUCUAUCAACUACAGUACUAUAGUAUUUUUGCUUUUUGCAGCGUAUGUAUCUCCUGAUGAUGUAUGUUCCUUGUUUGUAGUUGAGUGAAAUCAAAUUACUUCUCAUUAUCCUCUCGUUUGAAGAAAGUGGUGAUGAAUGUGUUGAGAGUACAGUAGAUUUUAUUUAAUUCUAUGUAAUUCAUAGCUUCUCUGUAAGGGUUUGAAUUGUGUUAGUUAAUUCAGAUUGUUGAUGUGGUUUAUAAAAGUUAACCUGUACAUUUUGUUAAGUAUUUUGACCACUGUAGAUUCAGCUUCUUUAGUGAUUAUAAGAUAUAAUCUAUGAAACUUUGGCAAGGACGUUUCCUUGUUUAGUUUUGUCUGUUGCAUUGUUUCAUAUCUUUUCAGUAUAAUUCUUUCAGCUCUUAGCACUGAAAAUUGAAGACUAGUAUUUUAGGAAUUUGUUAAAUUGUAUUUCGCUCCAGAUGAUACAUUAGUAGUCAUUUUUUCUAAAACUUAAGUAGCCUUGUCCUGCAAUACACUGUUGACUUUGUUUCCUAUUGAGAUUUUGGAGGUUUUGUCCUGCUGGGUCUGGAGGAGAGUGACAAGUUUCAAACUGUCUGAAAAGGAAAAGCUGAAUUAAUUUACAUAAAGCUAAAGGAAACUUGAGUUUGGUAUUUUAUAUUUUGAGAGUAAAAUUAUAUAUUUUUUGUCCGUCGUUAGGAAUAAGUCAGGCUAAGAAAAUAUGUAUAAAAAAUUUAAAUUAUUAUAGUACUUUUUACUAAUGAUCCAACUAUUUCUUAGUUACUUUAUACUAAGCAUAAUAUCAUUAUUGUGAAAAUGAAACAAAUACAUGUUUAUAUUGCUGUUUGCAUUUAGGAAUUUUAAUAAAAUAUAUGUGGAAUAGUGUAAAAUUUCUGUGAUCUAUAAAAAAAUUAGGGAAACUUGAAAAAAAUAACUUAAAAUUGAGAUAUUUUCAGUUUGAUACAUUGCUGAAGAUACUGAGCUUGUGUGUGUUAAAUACAAUAUAUGAACAUUGCAGUACAUAUUUUUAAAGCUUGAAAAAUUAAAACCAGCUUGUAGACAAUGUGCCUUUUGUGUGCCUUAUAUCUAUUGUUGAAUAAAUAUAAGACAGUGUGCCUUUUGUGUGCUCUAUAUUUAUUGUUGAAGCAGAGGCACCAUGUUGAAGUGUUUGUUAAUAUUUGUCAUAGUAAUAUGAUUAAUUUUAUGUAACUUUAUUGUAAGAUAAUACUACCAUCUUAAUCAUUACUCCGAUGUACAUGUGACUGUGUACAUACAUGCUGUCAUAUUGAAUUGAAUACCCAGAUUAAUAUGUAUGAUUAAUAUAAUAUAAUUCUAUGGUAUAAUUACACCAUCUUUAUAGGUACAAUGUUGUACGUAUAUAGACAUCUCACAUCUGAUCAUGUGCACAUAUGCUAUCAUAUUGAAUUGAAUACCCAGAGAUUAAGAAAAUAUAUUCAGGAAUUUGUGUAUUGAAAGUUUAAGCUGUAAAGCAAGACACAUGAAUGGUUGUGGCUGGAAGCAUUUUCCUGUCAAAAAAAGCAGCAUAUAGUUGAGAAUAACUGUUUAUACAAGAUACUGUAGUUUAGACCUGUAUUGAACAAUUUUUUUUAUGUAUAAUCUACAGUCUCAGUCGCACAAAUUGUAAGGUGUGGUACCCUUGCAGUGCUGGUUUGUCAAAUUAUUUUUCUCAUGUUAAGAAAUUAUGCCGGUUAUAAAUUUUUACUCAUAUUCCACUGCUUUCGUCUUCCUUGUAAAUACUGUAGGUUUUAGGAACUGCUGAUCAGUGCCAUGUGGUUUUUCAUUGUUGGUGACAAGAGUCAAAUUUCUUAUGCUGUAUCGUAAGACUAAGUUUUCUCUGGAUUUUUAUAUCAAGAGUAUAGUAGUUAAUGAUUUUAAGUGUUGUUUUGAGCAUUGGCAGUUGUCUGUUCAUAGUUAAAUCUUAGUAUGUUAAAAUCAUAUAUAUUUAGAUAAACUAUCUUUCUUUAGACAGCUAGUGCAGUGAAAGUUUUAACAGUAGUGUAGGACCCAUAAAUGGUUCUGGUUGGUAGAGAAAGAAAUUGUUAGUGUGAGUGAAAUCUGAACAAAAUAGUGUUAAGAGUACAUUUCAUUGUAUUGCCUUGAAUUGGAAGUAAGUUGAACAAUUUUGUACCAUAACUGGUUCACUUCACAGAUCCCAUGAUGAUAAUGAAAGUUAGUUAACAAAGUAUUUGGCACCAUAAGUGACUCAUAUGUAAUUUUAAAUGCAUGGUAGAUAAAAGUAGAUCAUCUUACCACUUCAUUCUUCUGGGACAGGACAAAGAAAAGUUUUAGCUUAAACAGAGCAGGAUGGGAAUGUGUUGCUAUAGAAACAAAUGAACUUUACCAAAUUUCCAUAGAAUUUCAUAUUCGUGUUGUAACAUUGUGCAUUUCAUAAAGGCCACUUAUCACUCGUUUAGCUUUAGAAUGUGUUUAAAAUUCAGAAAAUUUUAUUUAUUGGCAAAAGAGAAGCACACUAGUUCAUGGAAAACAUAUAAUAACCAUAAAAAAGUUACUGUAUCUCCCAGGCAAUAAAUAAAAUCUCCCCAUUUCAGAUAGGUUUCCAGGGAGUUAAUUCUUGAUAUCUUAGUUAAAAUGAUGAUAAUUUCAUAGUUCCUAUUUACAACAAGAGACUUUCUUGUUAGUAUAUAAACUAUUAUCCACAGAAUACUAUGCUAAAGUGAAUAUAAAACACUUGGACCUCACUGGUCCAUCAAAGCUUUGUGAUAUCUUCUGUAGCGUGUUUUGCACAACAUAAUGUAGGCAGUAUUAGGUUCUUUAUGUAUUCAUUAGCCCUACAGCUGUAUUGCUUUUGUUUUUUGCCUUGACUCUUUCUAGUCUCUAUACAUCAGGCUAUGUAACGUUUUCAAUAUUUCAUUCCUAUGUUAGCCUCUCAAGGAAAUAAAUGACUUGGUUGUCUGGUUAACCUUCUUCAGAAUGAUAAUUGUCAUUUGAUUACUUUUAAAUCAAAUUUAACACUUUAUCAGAUAAUGCAAUGCAGCUACCAUGAAAAUAUCUGAAUCCAGUGUUUUUAUUUGUUAAUAACACAGUGAAGUACCCAUGUACUCUAUGUGUUGUGAACCAAUUACAUUACUGCACUAGGAUAAUCAUCAAUAAUGGCCCCCUAGUAUAU